GUGCGUGUACGUGUGUGUGAGGAAGACUACAUACAUACACACAACGCCACUCAUGCAGGUCUCAUACACAUAGACAGACAGACACACACACGCGUUCGUCGAGUGAAGAAGGAAUCGAAUUUGUUUGUAUUUUCUACUUCGAAGAAGUUAAUUGCAGGAGAAAAAAAAAAAUAGAGAGAACAGUGUACGAAGUAAAGGAGGGAAGGAAGGAAGGAAGGUAGGAAGAAAGGAAAGAAGGGACAAGUGAACCAAUUAAGGUGAACCGGAUACUCACUCCUUUACCUUCCACGAAAGAGAGAAAAAAAAAAUAAAAAAAACGCAGAAAAAGAAGGAAAUACAAAAGAUAAAAAAAAAUUCUCGUAGCCUAAAGAAGAGAGAGAGAGAAAAAAAAAAGAGAGAAAGAGAGAGAAAGAACCCCCCCCAAAAAAAAAGAAAUGACGUGGUUAUGGGUGAAAAAGAGAAGAGACAGAACCAUUUUCCUUACCUUUAUCCUCACGACGACUCUCCUUCACCUCACCACGGCGGACGACGAGACUACCACGACAACCACCAUCGCCACGACCCUACCUAACGCAGCAGGCGGAGGAGGAGGAGAAGGAGGAGGAGGAGGAGGAGGAGGAGGAGAAGGAGAAGGAAGUGGAGGAGGACUCGGGAACUCCUCCAGCUUCUCUCCCUACCUUGACCUGACCAAAUUCGUGGAUGGGUUAAAUAAUUGGGAUUUCAUGGGGGCGUGGGCCAAAUACGACCUGUCCCUGCUUGACGAGGCCCUGCGACCUCUCCCCCUUGUGCCUGACGCCGAGGACCAGGGCGUGUUUAUCUGCCAGACCUCAGCGCUGCCCAGUACCCUGCAGAAGACCUUCCCUACCCUGCACAACGCCACCCUAUCCCUCACCUACUACGCCAAGGCUUCCGAUGGCCAGCUAUCCAUGACGGGUGAGGUGGUGACGGCGGAGGGGGCGAGAGAGACGCUCUUCAAUUACUCGGUGACGGGGGAGGGGGCGGCGCACCCUGAGGGAUCAUGGGGCACCGACACCUUCGAGAUUCCCCCUUGGCUGCCCUGGGGAGCUUCAAGAUUCUGUUGGGCGGUUCAACACAGCGAGGCGGGGAUGUGGGCGGCGGCAGACAUCACGGUGGAGGGAAUGACAGGACCGCCCAUCACCACCACCCCCGUUAAUGGCACUACAGCUGCGCCCCCUAACGUUACCACCAUCACCACCACCACCACCACGGAGGAAGAAAAUCUGAGUAGCCUGGAAAGCGUGGCGCAGGCAAUAUGGGACGCCUUCUACGUGUUCCUGGCACUGUUCUGCGCAUGCCUUGUGGCCCUCGUCGCGCUCAUCGUUCACGGCAGAUGCAAGUACGUGGGUUCCUAUCCCCUCUGCAUAGGGAGUCAGCGUGAAUUGGCCCGGGAUGACGAGCCGCCCCCCGCCGUGGCCACCUACAACCCCCGCACGGCCUCCUACAGGAUGGACAAGGUUUACGACAACCCGUCUUACGAUAACAACGCCGUGUGACCUCCCGCCGCGCCGAGCCACCCUAGACCUGCAUGACAUUGUGUGACGCUGACGGGGCCCAGGGAGGAGGCUGACUGACUGACUGAUCACCUGACUGACUGACUGACUGGUUUAUGGGCGUCUGGAGAUGAAUGGAUGGGUGGAUGAAUGAUGCGACUCCUUGACUAGUUUGACCGAGUGAUUGGUUGAGUUGGUGGUGCCAGGAAGUGGAUUAGUGGAUGUGUUUAUGAUUGAUGGGGUAAAGUAAUGAGUUUGAUGUGUGGUUGAUUACUUGAUUGGGUUCAGGUGCCUGGGGGUUGGAUAAAUGGGUGGAUUAAGGGAUGAGUUUAUGAUUGGUUAGGUUAAUGAGUGGAUAGAUGAGAUGCUCGAGUGAUUGAUUUAUGGAUUGGUUAAUGUGGAGUUUAUGGGAAUGAAUGGAUGCGUAGAUGGAUUCUUGUUGUCUGUGUCUGUUUUCAUUGCUUUUAUUUUCGUUCUUGUUUCUGUUCUUUCUUUUUCCUCUAUCUUAUUUAUUUUUCUUGUUCAUGAUUUUCUUGUUGUGCUCCCCUUCUUAUUUCUUCCUCCUAUCUCUCGUUUUCUUGCUCUAUUCCUCUUCUUAUUUCUCUUUCUCCAACUUAUCCUUCCUCCUCCUCCUCGUGUGUGUGUGUGUGUGUGUGUGUGUGUUUAUGAGAGAAAUUGAAAAGAAAACGGAUGGCUAGAAAAAUCAAAGGGUGGCUGGGCUGAAUAUCUGUGUUGAUUUAAUUCCACUAAUACGAGCUAUAUAUUAUUGUGCGUGUGGUAAAGAUAUCAUACAUUCGCAUAAUAUACCUGCGUGGGUGUAUACAUAGAGGGGAUAAGUGUAUAAAGGUGUGUGUAUGUAUUAGUGAAUGUAGUGUAGUAUACAGGGUACGGUGUGAAUUCUUUUGUGUAUAAUAUUUUACAGAUAUGAUGCAUUUAGUCAUAAUGAAAAUAUAUGUUUACAUGUAUGGGAUCAUAUACAUGUGUAGAAACGAAUGUAUGAAUUGACUUAUGCAUGUUAAUGAACGCUCUUGUGUGUCAGUGGAUGGGUAGAUAGAUAGUUAGAUAAGUAGGAUAGAUAGAUAGAUAGAUAGAUGGGUAGAUAAAUGUACGUGAAUAUUAAGGUAGAUAAAUAGAUGAAUAAGGUAAGAGAAUUAUCAUAUUCUGCCUGACACUCAUUAGUUGAAAGUAUAAAGUAUAGAUAAAUAGAUGUUUAGAUAGAUAAACAAAAGAUUGAAAAAAAAAUAUGUAGAUAAAUACUGAUACUUGAUAUUUUGAGGGAGUGAGCGAGCGAGCUGAGUGAGUGAGAGGGAAAAAAAAAAACAAGAUGAAACAUUAAACUGAUACGAAAAUAACGUGAGUGUGUGUGUGUGUGUGUGUGUGUGUGUGUGUGUGUGUGUGUGUGUGUGUGUGUGUGUGUGUUAGUUUAGCUCAGAUAACAAAAGAUGCAGAAAAGUACUAAUAAGAAAAAUAGAAAUGAGGAGGAAUAAGAAAGAUUAAGGAAAAGGAGAGAGAGAGAGAGAGAGAGAGAGAGAGAGAGAGAGAGAGAGAGAGAGAGAGAGAGAGAGAGAGAGAGAGAGAGAGAGGAUGAUUUUAAUGUUGCUUUAUUAUUAUCAUUAUUAUUAUUAUUAUCAUUAUUAUUAUUAUUAUUGUUAUUAUUAUUAUUAUUAUUAUUAUUGCUGUGUUAUUUAUGUAAUGUUUGUGUGAAUAAAAAAAUGAAUAGCGUCGCGUGAGUUAAUAAUG